GUUACCAUCGUUCCACAUGGAGAGAAGGGGGUGCCCCAACAACUCCACAAGAGUUUUUUAACAUAAGGCACUCUUCUGCUCGUAACAUCAUUGAGAGGUGUUUUGGACUACUUAAAAUGAGGUGGGCAAUAUUGAGGACUUAUUCUUACUUUCCAAUCAAGACUCAAUUUCCUAUUAUCACUGCAUGUUGCCUUCUCCACAAUCUCAUACAACGUGAAAUGCCUAUGGAUCUUGAUGAUGAUGAGAACAAGGAAAUGAAUCCUCCUCCUCCAGCUACUGAAUUAGGAGAUGAAAUGAUUGAUGUUGUUGAAGCAUCUGAUCAAUGGAGUGAAUGGAGAACUGCCUUGGCAAACCAAAUGUUUAAUGAAUGGCAAGCAAGCAGAGGUCAAUAAAUUAGUGUUGUAUGAUGAUUUUUAUGUAAUAGUGAGAGUUUAUUAUGCCAUGUAAUUCAAACCUUAUUUGUUUAGUUUUUGUGUGGUAUUUGUAACAAAUGUUGUGUAAGUUGAUUUGUUAUUUAUGAUUGACAUGUGUGUUAUGAUUUAAACUUAUGAUAUACAUAUAUAUAGGUAUGGAUGACACAGGUACCACUAGUUCUCGUAAGAAAGGGAAACCUCGAAGGUUUUGGAAUCACCGUAAGGAAGUAUUCCUCAUUACAACCAUGAAGGAUGUAAUAGCAAGUAAUCUCGGGUGGAAGCUUGAUAAUAAUCAGUUUAGGGCAGGCUUCUACAAUGAAUGUGAGAAGAAGAUCUUAAGUGCAUUUCCUGGAACUGAUCUUCAAGCCAGUCCUCACAUCGACUCGAAGAUUAAAUUUUGGAGGAAACAAUAUAAUGCUCUGCAAGAUAUGUUAAACAUAAGUGGUUUUGGUUGGGAUGAUGAACAAAAGAUGGUGCUUGUUGAUAGUGACGACGUAUGGCAGAACUAUGUCAGGAGGGUGCCAAAUGCAAAAGGGAUGCGAAACAGGCCAUUCCCAUUCUAUGAAGAUUGGCUUAUUCUAUUUAGGAAGGAUAAGGCGACUGGUGAACUGGCUGAGGAUCCUGCUGAUGCAGUUGCAGCCAUGGAAAAAGAUGAUGCAAAUGCAACUCCAGAAGAAGGAGAACAGUCUCCUGUUGAACAGUUUAGUAUGAACAUGGGUGAUACGGAUUACUCAAUGUCUACUGCAGGUAAUGUUCCCAACCGUGCUGACUCUACUAAAACUGGGAAAAAGCGGGCUCGACCUACUAAAGGGAUUCCCACUGAACUAUCAGAGAUGGUAAAAAAUCUUGGAUCAUUCAUUGAGAAUACUAAUACUACAAUGGUGGAGAUUGCUCAUAGGAUAGGAUAUUCACAUAACCUAUCCCAACAGAGGAGGUUGGUUAAUGCAGAACUUCUGAAGUUGCCAAUGAGUAAUACCCAAAGAUUGAUGGCAGCAUCUAUGAUAGUGAAAGAUGAAGACAAAGUUGACUUGCUUUUCAGUUUAGAUGAGAAUGACAAGAUGGAGUGGGUUUCUUUGCUAUUGGAAGGUCAUACUUAAAUGUGG